AUGUGGCGGCAGUGGUGGUUGUGCUUGCUGUUCAUGCUGCAGGUCGUGGUGACGCUGGGCCUGAUCGCUGGCUAUAUCUACGAUGUAUCCAGUGUCAAACCUUCGUCAUCACAGGAUCCAUUCCAAUCUGCUCUUUUUGAACUGGCUUCUGAUGGGCAUGACAGAGAAAAGAUUCCACGAUCAAAGCCAUCAGUAAAAAUGAAAGCUAUACCGCUGUCGUAUCUGAAAGACAAACUCCCCGAAGUCUCAUCAAGUUCGGAAUUCAUUCGACUGUUCAUGGAUUCCAAAGCGGAUAACCAUCUGCUGAAGCAUCAGAUGUCCCGGACUAAACGGUCUUUCCCAUGGUCAUUAGGUCAAGAGCAACAGAGGCUUCUGCAGAAUAAAGAUUGGUUAACACAUGAAUCUGGUAGAGCUCUUGACCCUAUCAGAAUCAGUACACAGAAAAGCAAGUCCUUUCAAAAACGAAAUGCUUCUGAGGUGAAGAAAGUCAUUUCUCCUUUGGAAGAAAGCACUGAUGCUGACAGGAUAGAUGAUGCAGACUACUACAUUGACUACCCACGAAAUAGCCAUGUGCCGGAUGACCACAUUCAGAACAAUUUAGAAG